ACAGGUUCCAGUCUUUCAGCUUGCAGGAUCACAGGUGUAGGAAUUUAUGUUGAGGAGAAAGUGAAUUUCUCAGAAGCAAGUAAUGCAUGUAACCAACUAAAUCUACAAUUGGCAAGUAAAGCCCAAGUUGAAAAGGCUUUGAAACAUGGCUUUGAAACAUGCAGCUUUGGAUGGGUGAAAGACGGAUUUGUUGUCAUUCCUCGGAUAACAUCUAACAAGAAAUGUGGUAAGGGCAACACCGGACUAGUGCAAUGGCAUGCCGAAGCCUUUAAAACAUUUAAGGUUUACUGCUUCAAUUCCUCAGAUAUUCAGAUUGACUCAUGUAAACCAGAUCCAACUACAGCCAUACUGCCUCCAUCAAGUGCAUCAACGGGCUUUACUGCGUAUUCAGGCUCUGAUUUGACUGGAACCAUCACAGCGGUGCCCAAUGUGACUGAGUCAGAACAACCCCUGAAAAAUAUAAAAUUUCGUGUAAUAUGUAUCACUGAAACUAUAUCACCAACAGAGGGGACUACUACAGAAAUGCCAGAGGAAUACUCACCGAUUGACUCUCCUAACUACACUUCCCGAGCUGCCUUUAAGAAUGACGCCAUUGUCUUUGGAGGUAUCCCCACUGCACUUCUUGUACUGGCAAUCAUAUUCUUCAUUAUUUCAGUUGUUCUAGCAGUCUGCUAUAUCAAAAAGUACAAGAAAAACUUUCCAUUUUCAAGCAAGAAUCAGCAAAAAGAAAUGGUCGAAACUACUGCUCUCAAAGAGGCCAAUUCAAAUGACAAAACACCCGAGAAGGAAACAAAUAAUGGAAAAAAGGUAGAAGAAUCUAAAACCAAGCCUGAUGCCACAGUAAAAUGUCUAGAAGCAGAAGUUUAA